AAAAAGUACGGUAAAGUUUCCAGUUAGUGUUUUUGUGUGGUUGGCAACAGCGGCGUCAUGACACUCGCUCCCUCCCGCCUGCAAGUGAUCUCCCAACACCUGUGUCGCUCCGAAAAGAUAAUAGCACAAGAUAUGUCUCAGGCAUCAGUGUCAGCCAAUCCCCUAACCAGCCAUGUGCUAAAUACAGCCACUGGGCAGCCUGCUGCCAACAUGAAGAUAUCCCUUCACAAACUACAAGAAGGUGCAUGGCAGGAAAUUGCAGCAAAAGUCACCAAUAGUGAUGGAAGAGCUGGGCACUUUCUUUCUCAAGAAUCCUUUACAGAGGGAACAUAUAAAAUGUUCUUUGACACAGGAGCAUAUUUUAAGCAGCUUGCAGUGAAAGGCUUUUACCCUUAUGUAGAGAUUGUGUUUGUCAUAGAAAAACCUCAAGAUCAUUACCAUAUUCCAUUACUCAUUAGUCCAUUUGGAUACACCACAUAUCGCGGAAGUUAAGAGGUAAUGCUUUGUGGCCCCUAGUAGCCUCUUGUAUAUUAGUAACUUUGGUAGCCCUUUGUUGUUAAUGCCUUUGUAACCCUUUGUAGUGUAGGCCCUUAGUAGCCUUUUGCAUGUUAGUAACUUUAGUAGCCCUUUUUAUGUUAGAGCCUUUAGUAACCCUUAGUAUGUUAGUGGCCUUAGUAGUCUUUAUUAGUGUCUGAGCUUUGUGCAGUGGCAGUUUUGUGACCAAUGAGGUUGGAGGUGUCGCUGUGCAAGGUUAAGACAUCAGGUUAUUGGGAACUAGCAGCACCUCGCUGGACUACCACAGACACAUGUGUGGUAGCCGAGCCCUACCUCGCCUCUGAAGGGAAGAGCGGGUAUCUGUAGGUGUAGGAUGCUGAUAGUUUCGGAUUUGGUGCCUGUGUUCCUUUGUGAAUGAGCUCUGCGCUAGCCCUUCCAGCUGCCAGUGGCUCCUCUGGGGGUGAACGAAAAGUGGCUACGGGUGGGAGGGGUCUCCAUUUGUCCCAGGGAAGGGGUGGAGGAAAAGGAGGGAGGAGCUGAGUGUGCUGAGAGAGAGUGCCAGAACAGGGAGAGAUGGAGACACUUCUGCCGUGGCCACCCCCUGGAGGGAAGUUCCUGUGAGGGAGCAGGGCGUUGAAGAUAUAGAUAGAUAGAUAGAUGAACUUUGACUCUUGAAAGGCAUGUAAUCUUUUUUGUGUCAUCUGAGAUGUCUGUCCAUCAUGCUAGAUUAGUAAUUUGACUUUAUUAACAUUAUAGAUUAAAUGUAGCUUUUUACAUUAAUACAAAGCCUUUUACAUUAUUGCAAAUCUUCAACUUAAGAAUUUGAUAUAGAUUUCUGUUUAUGAAAUUAAAUGUAAUACCUUUA